AUGCCAAUCUCAAGUCGCCAAUUCCUUGUUUUACUGUUUAUAGGUGUCACCGUAUCACUAGCCUCUCUCUCUCCUGAGAGUGUAAAGGAGCAUUUGGAAGAAAGGAUGCUCGAAGAAGACGAGGAUUUUGAUGGACCUGGUGAAUUCAUUGGAGAACUCGGUGUCAGCGCUCCCUAUGUCAAAAGAAAUGCAAACUUCUGGAAGAGGGCUAGAUUCUGGAAACGCGCAAAUCCGAAAUUUUGGAAACGUGGUGGCUCAAGAUUCUGGUAA